CUCUCAUCAGCACCACUGGUGAUAAACUCCGCGACCAACACCGCGUCUACACCCGACCCUCCGCACUCUGCUCUGCGCUUCUCUUAUCUUGUCGUUGUGUUAUCAUCGACAGAAAAAAUCAAGGAAACUUCAAGAGGGAACAAUUGAAGACGAUUUUUCUCGGAAAGGUAUUAGUUGAAUUUCAGACGUUGAAGAUGGUUAAAUUGGGGAGUAACCUACAAGAUAAGGGCGCCAAAGCUGUAAGUGUAGAGGACGGCUUCCAGAACGUUCCCCUGAUCACGCCACUGGACGUCGGUAACCUGCACUGCCAAGCACCUGAUAAGGUGGUGGUGAAGACCAGGACUGAGUUCCAGACAGAGAAGAAGAGGCUGAAGGUUCCCAAGGUGGAGGAGUUCACCAUCAGCUUCACGGACGGGGUCUCCGAGAGACUGAAGGUGACAAUCCUGAUUGUACUGGCUCUAGCGUUCCUAGCCUGUAUUGUCUUCCUGGUGGUGUACAAGGCUUUCACGUACGACCACAGCUGCCCUGACGGAUUCAUCUACAAGCACAAGCGGUGUAUCCCAGCCUCUUUGGAAGCCUACUACAAUGCCCAGGAUGCGAACUCCAGAGGUCGCUUCUACACAAUCAUCAGCCAUUACAGCAUGAACAAGCACUCCUCUUCCUCUUCCUCCUCUUCUUCCUCCCAUGCCCUGCCACCCUGGAUGCCCUCCGCUGCCAACCCCAAACCCCCGGGUACUGACCCCGCCCACUGAGCCCGCCUGGGGAGACACACACACACACGUAGGUGUACAUGUACACACACAUAGGUGUACACACACACACAUGCACACCUGUGUACACACACACACGCACACACAUACAUAGGUGUACACACACACACACGCACAAAUUGUACAAACAUUCAUGCAUACAGUUGAUGUACACACACACAUUGAG